AUGGCGGCGGUCGCGACCUCCUUCUCUUUCUCUCCUCUUCGAUCUCCCUCACUUUUCCAACUUCACAAUCUUCCUCGAAGCCCUAAUUUACAGAUUCGAAGAAGCAUCAUCUUCAAAUCCUCGCCUCGGGAUGAUUCUCCCACCGUCGCAGCUUCUUCUAAUAAGUCGCCGGGAAAUCAGACUUUACAGAAUCUAGUGAAAUCUUCUAAACCGGGUCCUGAUCCCAAACCGGAUCCUGGGAUUGGUAAGAUUGGAAUGGAGAUUAUGUCGAUUGCAUUACCAGCUGCAUUAGCUUUGGCUGCUGAUCCUAUUACAUCGCUUGUUGACACUGCUUUUGUUGGUCAUAUUGGUUCUGCAGAACUAGCUGCGGUUGGAGUUUCGGUUUCUGUGUUCAAUUUAGUGUCGAAGCUCUUCAAUGUUCCUUUGCUUAAUGUCACAACAUCUUUUGUUGCGGAAGAGCAAGCAAUUGCAGCUAAAGAUGAUAAUGAUUCUACGGAAAAAAGGAAGAAAGUGUUGCCUUCUGUUUCAACGUCCUUAGCACUUGCUGCUGGAGUCGGUAUUGCAGAGGCGAUUGCGCUUUCUCUUGGAUCUGAUUACUUGAUGGACAUCAUGGCUAUACCUUUCGAUUCACCGAUGCGAAUACCAGCAGAGGAGUUCCUUAGACUUAGAGCGUAUGGUGCACCGCCGAUUGUAGUUGCAUUGGCUGCGCAAGGCGCUUUUCGAGGUUUCAAGGACACUACGACGCCUCUAUAUGCAGUGGUUGCGGGGAACGUGGUUAAUGCAAUAAUGGAUCCAAUUCUGAUAUUUGUCCUUGGUUUUGGUAUAUCUGGUGCUGCAGCUGCUACCGUGAUUUCUGAAUACUUGAUUGCGUUUAUUCUUCUGUGGAAGUUGAAUGAGAAUGUGGUUUUGCUCUCUCCUAAAAUUAAAGUAGGAAGAGCCAACCAGUACCUCAAAUCAGGUGGGCUUCUAAUUGGUAGAACGGUGGCACUGCUUGUUCCAUUCACGUUAGCUACUUCGUUAGUGGCUCAGAAAGGACCGACUCAAAUGGCUGGCCAUCAAAUCUGCUUGGAAAUCUGGUUGGCUGUCUCUUUACUCACCGAUGCUUUAGCCAUUGCUGCACAGAGUCUUCUUGCCACCACUUUUUCUCAAGGAGACUACAAACAAGCCCGCGAAGUUAUCUUCGGAGUCCUUCAAGUAGGUUUAGCCACUGGAACUGGUUUAGCUGCUGUUUUGUUCAUCGGAUUCGAACCAUUUUCAAGCUUAUUCACAACGGAUCCAGAAGUUUUAAAGAUUGCUUUGUCAGGAACCUUGUUUGUGGCUGGAUCUCAACCGGUGAAUGCUCUAGCGUUUGUUUUUGAUGGCCUCUAUUACGGAGUAUCUGACUUCGGAUUCGCCGCUUAUGCUAUGGUGAUUGCCGGAUUCAUAUCUUCCUUGUUCAUGCUUGUGGCUGCACCAACGUUUGGCCUUGCCGGGAUCUGGACGGGUUUGUUCCUCUUCAUGGCGUUGCGGUUAGUUGCCGGAACCUGGAGAUUGGGGACAAGAACCGGUCCAUGGAAAAUGUUGUGGUCUACUCCAGAGAAGCCAGAAUGA